GCUCUGGGCCCUUAGCGCUCCGCGGGAAGGAGGCUGGAACCCCGGCAGCAGUGGGGCGGGGAUGGAGGCGGCCGUGGCGCCGGGGAGGGAUGCGCCGGCACCCGCGGCGAGUCAGCCCAGCGGCUGCGGGAAACACAACUCGCCGGAGAGGUGCGCGCCUUCAGGGCAGGGCCGGGGAGCGGCCGGCGCCUGUCGCCGAUUGUCCCGCGCGGGAGGACGAAGGGGGCUGCCGGCCUGUGGCCGCUCUCGCGUGGGGCGUCCCGCGCGGGGGUGUCCGCGAGGUCGGCCUAAGUCAGGGAUGCGAGCUUCGAGGAGGAACGGGUGCGAGCUGUGGCCCCGCAAGGGCCCACGGAGAGGUGACUUUGGGGCCGAAACCCGAGUGACUUCCAGGGGUGAGGUUUGCAGGUUCUGGGGAAACAGAGCCUGCCAGGAAGAGGGCACACCAGAUGCGAAGGGCAGGGGACUUGCCGGAGGUGAACCGGCAGAGCCCCUGAGCCCGGGAAGAACUUUGGGGUUCAUUCGGAGCCUUUUGGGGCCUCGGAAGUUGAUCACGGGGCGAUGCGAUUUAAGUGUUUUGAAAGAGUCCUUCUGGCUGCUUCCUAGAAAGUAGGGGCGCGGGUAGGCAUGGGACGAGAGGAAGCCGGGAAGCCAGUUGGGGAUCUUGUAACAACCUAGGAGAGAGAUGUGGUGUGCGCCCAGAAACGGAUGCGUUGGUAGGAAGCUGGUGCACUGGGGCAGGUGAAAGGGAAUCAAGGGUUCUCCCAGACUGCUGGCCCAGCUGCAGGAAACGGGAUGGCCACCGCUGAGAAGCGCGGAGACCCGGAGCACGUGGUGUUCAUACUAGUUAAGUCCGAGAAGAGCAGGAGGCAGGGGAAAGUUUAUAUGGACUAUAAUGCAACGACUCCCCUGGAGCCAGAAGUUAUCCAGGCCAUGACCGAGGCCAUGUGGGAAGCCUGGGGAAAUCCCAGCAGCCCGUAUUCAGCAGGAAGAAAGGCCAAGGAUAUUAUAAAUGCAGCUCGGGAAAGCCUCGCGAAGAUGAUAGGGGGGAAACCUCAAGAUAUAAUCUUCACUUCCGGGGGCACUGAGUCAAAUAAUUUAGUAAUCCAUUCUGUGGUGAAACAUUUCCACGCAAACCAGACCUCCAAGGGACACACGGGUGGGCACCACAGCCCAGUGAAGGGGGCCAAGCCCCAUUUCAUUACUUCCUCGGUGGAACACGACUCCAUCCGGCUGCCCCUGGAGCACCUGGUGGAAGAACAAGUGGCAGCAGCCACCUUUGUCCCGGUGUCCAAGGUGAGCGGGCAGGCAGAGGUGGAUGACAUCCUCACGGCAGUCCGCCCGACCACACGCCUCGUGACCAUCAUGCUGGCCAACAAUGAGACUGGCAUUGUCAUGCCUGUCCCUGAAAUCAGUCAGCGCAUUAAAGCCCUGAACCAGGAACGGGUGGCAGCUGGGCUGCCUCCCAUCCUCGUGCACACAGAUGCUGCACAGGCCUUGGGGAAGCAGCGCGUGGAUGUGGAGGACCUGGGCGUGGACUUCCUUACAAUCGUGGGGCACAAGUUUUAUGGUCCCAGGAUUGGCGCACUUUAUAUACGAGGACUUGGUGAAUUUACCCCUCUCUACCCUAUGCUAUUUGGAGGUGGACAAGAACGGAAUUUCAGGCCAGGGACAGAGAACACCCCAAUGAUUGCCGGCCUUGGGAAGGCCGCGGAGCUGGUGACCCAGAACUGCGAGGCUUAUGAGGCCCACAUGAGGGACGUCCGCGACUACCUGGAAGAGAGGCUGGAAGCUGAAUUCGGUCAGAAGAGAAUCCAUCUGAAUAGCCAGUUUCCAGGCACCCAGCGGCUUCCCAACACCUGCAACUUUUCCAUCCGGGGACCCCGGCUUCAAGGCCACGUGGUGCUUGCGCAGUGCCGAGUGCUGAUAGCCAGUGUGGGGGCCGCGUGCCACUCGGACCACGGGGACCAGCCGUCCCCAGUGCUGCUGAGCUACGGUGUCCCCUUCGACGUGGCCAGGAACGCGCUCCGGCUCAGCGUGGGCCGCAGCACCACCAGGGCCGAGGUGGACCUCGUCGUGCAGGACCUGAAGCAGGCCGUGGCGCAGCUGGAGGACCAGGCCUAGCGCUGGGGCCGCCUUCCCCACCCCGCUUCUAGGAAGCCCGUGGCAGGGCACAGGGUUGUCCCUCCAGUUCCCUCCUGAGGGCUGUGCCAGGAUGACUGUCUCAUGCCCCCUCUGCAUUUUGUCCUGGAGUGCCUGCGAGUGUGCACCCCCAGUUUCCUUCCCUGGACCCCUGCAGAGCUCACAGGGCCCAGGACACCAACGCCGCAUAGGACCGCCCACAUAGGAACGCCCACAUAGGAACGCCCACAUAGAACCGUCCUCCAGUGGUGAAGCGGAAACACUUCAGCUUUAUCCACCCUCCCCACUGUGAACUGGGCAAGCCUGUUGUGAGUGCCCUUUCCUGGAAGGUGUUUUUAUCUGGAAGAUAGAAUCCAAGUAUUUAUAACUCAUUGUCAGCCAAAUGCUAUCAUGAACGUAGGAAACUUGAUUUUUUUGUUUUGAUCAUGGCCUCUACAUGCACCUUUCCAGAGUGGUCUCUUCUCAGGCCCUUUUUAGUCCCUUUCCAAAGCUGCCCCCACCACCCUGCUCCUCUGGCCUCAGUGCGCAGUGGCCCCCAGCCUCGGCCAGGCCUGCUCUGCUCAGCGCCCACCGCCCACCACCCCUCCUGCUUCCCCGAGCCUGACCCUGUUCCGCCCACUGGCAAUCAGGGCUGCGCCCUUCCCCAUCCACGGUCCCCAGGCCUUCCUGUCUUGUCCCUUUUGAUCAUUAACUCAGGGUUUCAGCUCCAACCUCGCUGAGUUGGUGCAGCUCCGGGUCAUUCCUGGGGUGGGAAUCGGAUCAUCCCUGACUCAGCUUUUACCUUAAUUUUAUUUGCAGAGGAUUCUUUUCUCAAAAUGCUCUGGCAUUUGGACACACAUCACAUGUCGGUAUUUGCAUAGGAGUCAUUUUCAGUGGAAUAACAUUUUUAAUGUGUGGUUUUACGGUUCAAGGAACUACAUGAUGAUUUUGAGGAAACACUUGCCAGAAACUAAAUUAACGAAUAAAAGAUUUUAGUGCCCGA